GCUAGACAGCGUGGUGGGGACAGAAACAAGGUGUUGGCCUUACUGUAGUGCCAUUUUCCUCCACGAAGAUCUCAAGGGUGGAGAAAGUAGUGCCUGUCCGAAGAAGACCCUUGGCGAGGGGUUUCCCAUCAUUACCGGAAGUUCAGAGUGCGGGCAACUCUGCUCCUCUAUGGCGAAGGCGCUCCCUCCCCGCUGCCGCCAUGUUCGGGGCUGGGUGGUCGGCGCGGGGUCGGUGGCUCUUGCCGCUGAGCCGGCGGCUCCUCCAGCCGCUUCAGCCUCCGGGUGGUGCGGGCGGCGGUCGCUGCCUCCCCUCGCGAGAGGACGCCACCGAAGCGUCCUCUUCUAGCCUGGCCGACCUAGGGCUGCAGCCCCGGCAGGAUAAGUAUGGCGGACUCAGCUUGCACCUGUCCCAGCUGCGGUCUCCAGAGAGCCUGGACGAAGCGACCUUCCGGCUCUGGCUGCAGGAUUCUGUCAAGCAGUGGAAAGCUGAAGGCCACAUAGCAGUCUGGCUGCACGUUCCCAUCCUACAAAGCAGAUUUAUAGCUGUUGCUGCAGAACAAGGGUUUGACUUCCACCACGCAGAAUCCAACUCUGCUGCACUGACUCUAUGGCUAGCAGGAGGACACAAUAGGCUACCUGUUUAUGCCACCCAUCAGUUAGGGGUUGCAGGUGCAGUGUUAGAUAUUCACACUGGGAAAGUAUUGGUUAUUCAAGAAAGGAAUAAAACAACAAAUGCAUGGAAAUUUCCAGGAGGACUGUCUGAACCUGGUGAAGAUAUUGAUGGAAAUUUUUUCCUUCUCUUAGGGAACACAGCGGUUCGAGAAGUCUUUGAAGAGACAGGCAUAAAAUCAGAAUUCAAAGCCCUGCUAAGCAUAAGGCAGCAACACAGACACCCUGGAGCCUUUGGAAAAUCAGACCUCUAUAUUAUCUGCCGGUUAGAACCUUCGUCUUUCAGCAUCAACUUCUGCCAGCAGGAAUGCCUAAGGUGUGAAUGGAUGGAUCUAACUGAACUUGCCAAGACAAAGGAAGCUACUCCAAUCACCAGCAAUGUAGCUAAGCUGCUUCUGUAUGGAUACAGAGAAGGGUUUGAUAAAAUAGAUAUAACCAUGAGAGAAUUUCCAGCAGUGUACACAGGUCUUUUCUAUAAGCUGUAUCACAGACAGCUGCCAGAGAAUUAUAGAAACACGAUAAAUUUACCGUAAGUUUAGAAUUAUUUUUGUUCAAUAUCGCUUGUAGCAAAAUACAUGGAUAUGUUACUUGAAAUUAAAUUCCAUAUUCACUUUUAUGACUUCAAUGACAACAGUUUAUAUUAUUUCACUUAAAAUGCUAAAUACUUUUCUUAACUAUGGUACAUUAAAUCCUCAUUACAAUGAACAGCCCAAAUCAAAUUUUAACCUGUACUCCCACCUCACCCAGUAGAAAAUUUAUGUAGUAUCUGGCUGGAAGUAAAUGUGUAUUGGUGUAUCCUGUUAAAUUUGCACACUUACACAAAUGAUCAUAUAUAGGCAGAAAAGCACAUGGUUUCCAGAAAAUAAAACAGUUUUAAAGUCUAAAAUACAUGAUUUUACAUAGCAACAAUACAAAAUCACUGCAAAUGCACUUGAUCCUUGCAGCUAUUUGGUCACAUUUUUCCAUCUUAUGGGAACAGGAAAGGUCUAUCACUCUUGUGGUGUAUUUUACAGAAUUAAAUCACUGGAAUCAACUCUUGGCAGACAUGGGAAGAAAAAGAAUAGCCUUCUGGCCUCGUCCAGUUUUUGGUCCGGGUUUAUAUUGACCAGUUCGUUUCAGUGCAACAUACCAAUCACUAUAUUUGCGAGAGCGAUAUGUAUUGUAGUUAUUAGACUCCAAGCGUUCAAAAAAGAAGCAUUCGUCUGUUAUGUAUUUCUGAAAAAUGAAAGAAGAAUAAAUGAUUCCUUGUUAGCUGCUGUUGUGAAAUACAGCUUUCCAACCU